AUGAAACAAACUAUAACAACAAUUAAUCAUUUUACAUUCUAUAUCAUUUUCCUAAUUUUCAUUAUGGCCGUAAACUCCAUUCCUGCAAUUGAAAGAAUGGAAAAUUCGAAUAACAGUGGUUCACUAAAACGUCGAGGUCUUUGCUCAGGGGAUUCUGAAUCAAUCUGCAGUGGCGAUAGUUUUUAUCUAGUGGAGUUAGAUUGUAAUACUAAAUUUGUCAAAAGUCAAAAGUCUUGUCCUGAUGGAACAACUUGUGUAUUCAACGGCAAGACUGCAAAAUGUUCAUAA